AAACACAGGACAUGAAUUGCGCUACCACCUGGUGACAUUCUGUGUACACAUAGGAAGCUUUGACUUCACUGGAUCAUGUAAUUAUGCAGUCAUGCAUGCACUAAUGUACACUAAUGUAUGUAGCUAUGGAGAUGACUGUGCUAAGUAUAGACAUCAAAAUGAAUGGGGGAGUUUUGUGGUGAUGAUCAGCUGGUGCCAAUACACAGCUGUAAAGGAACUUGUAUUUCAUUAAGGAUAUCCUUUUGAUGUGUUGUAACCUUAGGGAAUAAUUUGCCAAUAAAUGCACCUGGGAAUAUCUAGUGGCUCAGUCUGAGCUAGUUCACUGUUAGUUUAGGCUGAGCAAAAACUUCUCUAUUGCAACUUUGUGCAAUUCAAGUUGUACUGUAUAUCACUACUGUGUAAUGAACAUGGUGUUGUCUCGCUACAUUCGCGGUGUAUUUGAGUUUGCAGCUCAUGCUACCACAUAUGUGGGCAACUUCAGUGGUCCCUGUCUCAUCUACCUCAAUGGAGAGUCCAUCACUGUCAAGCGAUCGGAUCGACUAGAGGUUGCAAAAUGGCCGUACAUUGUGAUACGUCAGUUUAGAGCUGAGGAAGAAGCAGGUCGUUUCAGCUUUGUGUCUGGUCGAAGAGGUCCGUAUGGAGUGGCUGAAUACAACUUUAUGCUGAACAAGGGAAUGCUGAAUGAGCUGCAGGAAGCGUUGACCCAAUUCACGGGGGCAAAGUUUAGCGGAGUGGCACCUGGCUCAGGAUCAGGGGAAAACCCUCCACCGGUUCCCAGUACCCAUCGUCCCUCCCUCCCCAACACCCUUGCACCCUCUCCCAGCAUGACCUCUCUCAUCAGCACCGCCUCCUAUGAUAGGGGGCGUGGCAGUAUGGACGCUGGCCACUCCCCCAGCAUGACCUCUCUCAUCAGCACCGCCUCCUAUGAUAGGGCGCGUAGCAGUAUGGACGCUGGCCACUCUCUCAGUAUGACUUCUCUCAUUAGCACCACUUCUUCCGAUAGGGGGCGUGGCAGUUUAGAUACUGGCUACAUGCGAGGUGGUCAGCACCAUCUCCUAACUGGGCCACGCCUACCUCCGAGGGACUACCUACCCCCCACCCUACAAAUGUCUCCACCCACACGUUCAGAAGACAGUCGCUAUAUUCGCGCUCCUGGCGAUACAAGAAAUCUUCCGGAAAGCUCCGACUAUAUUAUACCCGAUCGGCCCCCUCAGCCGCUGCCUAGUUCACCGCCCACAUCAACAAAGGUUCACGACCCCUACACCUCCACCCACUCACCCCAUCACCGGGUAAUGACUAGUAGUGCGUACCAAACAGGGAGACCACACCUCAAACCAAAGCCAAGUGGGGUCAAAGGUCCGAGCCCACCACCACUAGAAGAGGGAACAGCUGUUGAUCCGCCGCAUUUGCCCCCCAAGCCAGCCCUCCUCUCUCCACCCAGUGAAGGAACAUAUUCUGUCCCUAAAGAGAGCGGGAAUAAGUCUCGCUAUGAUCACAUCACACUGAGUCAAGAGGAAGGCGAACAGGUGCCCACCUCCCCUCAACCUGACCCGAUAAUCGAUGAACCGGACACAACCAAUCUAGACUUUGGAUCGCGCAACUCUCCUCUACUACGAUCAAGGUCUGGCACCCCUGGUGAAACCACACCCACAUUACAUCACCUCCACUCGGUUGACGAAGACGGUGAAAUUUUUAUCAAUAACUCGCCCACAAUCAGAGGUCGAAGGUCACCCGAUAAUAAACUCAAACGGUCACAAACAGAAAAAGUUAUUUCUCCACCGUUGAUUGCCCCCGAAACGUAUGAUUUGCCCCCAAACAGACUUGUGAAACAGCGUAGUGCCGAUGAUAGGAUGUUUAAUUCCCAUUAUCACGUUCCAAAACCAAUGUCGAACUCCGAAUAUGGCAUUCCAAGACCUCAUAAUGACCCACGAAACGACAAUGGCUAUUAUCACCAGCCAACACCAGCCAGCCAGACAUACAAGGUCCCGAUUCCAUACUCAAGGAAUGGAACAGAAACCUAUGACUCCCCCAAGCACGUGAACAAACCUGUCCCAAUUCCACACGCAAGGAACGGAACAGAAACGUACGACUCCCCCAAGCAUAUGAAUAAACCUGAAGAACAAUUGUACAGUUCUCCAAAAUCAGUCAAUGGGAACCGUCUGGAAGUUGAUACAUUCUAUGGCAACGUAGCAACAAGUGCCCAGCCGCAGCAGGAGGACCUUUACAAUAUGCCUAGAGCAACUAUGCCUGACCUGAAUCCAUCAAAUCUCUAUAACAUACCUCCAAGACGUGGAAGCAGCGGUAAAAUACACGACACCAAUUCUACCGAUGGGGGAACCCCCCCGAGGCUACACAAACUCCGCCCAGCAAGAAGUGCAGAGUCUUUGUUCACUAGAAGGAUCAACCCAAAUGGAAUGAAUUCUCACAUUAGCACUCCGGCAAUUACCAACGAACACAAUAUGUACGUGGAUAUUGAACAAAAUCGAGAGUUGUCUACAGGCGAUAAUUUGUACGCUGAGAUCCCGGCAAAUUACAUUCCACGCCGAUCGCAACUAGGGGGCAAUGCGAAUCAAAACAGUUCUGUUCCUCUACCCAGUUUGUCUUCGCAGGAACCAAAGUCCGGUUCUGAACAAUACGAUCAACUCUCGUCCCGAAUGGGAUCUCAGAUUCAGAAGCAGAGAGAAUUAGCGCGAGAUGGUUAUGAAUACUGUGGGCCAGCUGAAGUUAACCCCAAUAGUUUUAACACAAUGACCCUACCCCCACGAAGCAAGCUAUCAUCCGCUAGUCCCCCAUCUCACAGACGAGACAGAGGUACUUCACUGGACAAGUACGAUAUUCAGAUGCCUAAUACCAGACCCGCUAGACCACGUUCCGAAGCAGAUCUUCUCGACGGAACUGAAUUUCAGAAAGCGAAUGGGAUGGACGUUCUUGGAAGUUCUAUUCCAAACGAGAGCUCGUUCUUAGUGGCUGAUGAAUAUGUAAUCGUUACUAGUCGUGACACACGUCAGAAAUUUUCGGCCACUGAGCCUCAGGGCAUACCCGGAGCCGAUACCCAAUCAACCAAUCAGAGUGAGGAAUAUCAAGUGAUGUCUGCCGUAAAAAUAAAUCGAUCUCAACUUUUAUACGACACGCCUAAUCCUAGUCUAUCGUCCAGUAACGGUAACCCACUUCAAAGCGAACCGACAGCGGAGUACGGAAACAUAUCACAUGACCUUGUGCAAGACGCACAGUACGACACAGUUAAUCCUGCAAAUUACACUCGACUGAACUCAGAAUCAAGUUUGGAUAUGGAUGGAUUCAGCCCAAAACGUUCAAAGCAAAUAGAAAAAGUUAAAAAUUUGCCGGUGUCUAGUCUGAGCAAUGUCUUCAGUGAGCAGGAGGCCGAUGCUGAUGGGCAAUCUGAUCAUGUGACCUUGGAAGAGGGCGUGGCAAUACCACAGAAGGAUAUUGUGAAGAUAGCGUGUGGGAGUCCGCAGGAUGCCACUGUGUCAUUAGAGCUAAAAAACCGUACCCGUUCCCAUGGUAACGUACUGGAUCAAGACUCGGCAAAGAGACACAGUUACAUCAAUGUUUCCGGAGGUGACAGGUCUUCUCAGAGUAUUGAGCAAAAGAUUCGCGAUUCUACUCUCACAACAGCUGCUUUUAUGAAGCGACCGAAACCCCUACCCAAGCCGGCGUCGUUUGAUGCGUCCGUGAUGGAGGAAACUCCUAGUGCGGGUGGUCAUGGUUAUGCGUGGGUGGAUCUGGAAAAAGUGAAGGGGAAUGCACACCCACUGAGCACUAGUGCAGAAACUCUUCAGAAACUUCACAGUAACUGAAAUUUAUUGUUAAGUUUGUGUUUUCAUAUUAAUUUUUGUUUGUACUUUUGAAUUCACUGUACAAUGUCAUAUGUGUGUCAAUACGGUC